ACGUUCGAUUUUAAUUAGAAGGUUGGAAAAUUAGAAGGUUGGAGAAAACGAUCUCUACUCUUUAUAUAUAGCAGAUUAAUCCUUCUGUACUUGUUUACUUACCUCUUGCGAUUUCUGAAAGACCGACAAGAACUUUCUCCAGCCCGCAACCAGAGCUUUCUCCAGCCCACGAACUGAAACACAAUGGGAAGAUCAAAACAAAAGAUGGAACUCAUAAGAAAUGAAAAGCUUAGAACCAUGACUUUCCAGAAGAGAAUGAAGGGUUUCAAGAAGAAGAUGCAUGAGUUCUCCACACUAUGUGAUGUGAAAGCUUACUCAGUUAUCUUCGGACCAAAACAAGGAAAAGAUCCAAACGGUUUGGUUGAACCAGAGACUUGGCCGGAGAACAAGAACGAUGUCUAUGAUUUCUUCCAACAGUUUCAGAACUAUGAACAAGGAAAACAAGAAGUGGGUAUUGCUGAGUUUUUCAUGAACCAAAAAAAGAAGGUUAGAGCCGAACUGAAUCAAUUACGUGAACAGAAUGACAAAGCUAAUAAUUACCCUACUUGGAAUGAGCGGUUGGAUCAGUGUUCCUUAGACCAACUCAAGACUCUCUCAACUGAACUAGAUUUGAAGCUAGAG